AUGCAACGGCAAUUCUUUAUGGUUUUUCUCACUGUUGUCCUCAUAGGUAGUAGUCUCUGUGUUGGCAAGCCAAUCGAAGGCAUCAUCUCAUCUCCUCGAAUCGGUGGAUAUCAUCCAAUCAAGAUGGCAAAGGAUAUUCUCAACAAGCGCUCUCCUGGUGGGUGUCCUUGGUUCUGUAAAGGACGGUAUCCAGAUUGUUCACCAUGUGGAAGUCCUUUUCGAUAA